CAUAAUUAAGUUUCGUUUUCUUCUUUAAAAUCUACAGACACAAAACAUUUAUUCGUUAGUCACUCUCAGACACAUACUAGCCAGCCACAGCAGUUCAUUCUACCACUUCCUCUGCCUGUUGAUUAAUUUUUAAGUUUCUUUCUUUAUCGUUGUCCUACAGUUGGAUCUUAACUGAGCUAAGGAAAUGCUGAUGCUGAUUUAUUCAAACAAUUCAAAUUGGAGCUAACUUGGACCACCUGAUUUCUUCUGCUACUUCUCCCGGUUCUUGUCGAAGCGUCAGCUCAUCGGUCUUAGGAAAGUUAACCUUCAACAAUCAGCACAUACCAGUGCUAGUGGUGGCUUUGUAAUGUAGAAAUCUUUUUGGUGAUGAAACAAACUGAUGUUACUAACAGUGGAAGGAGGAGGCUUCUUCUCCUCUUCAGCUUCUGGGUAUAGAAACGGUCUCGCUCUUAUUUUUUUAGGCCAACAACAAAACCAAGGAGAAGUUCCAUUACAGCUUUCUACCUCCUGGACAAGUCGGUACAAAUUGAUACAACAAGAAGAAGCAGCAUAUCUUGAACUUCAACUGGCUUCCAAGAAAAAUUGUGUGUCGUCUCGUAGAUGCACAUCCUUUGUUUGCUUCUGUCCUAGUUCUACCGGAUUAGAACCUCCUUCACCUCCUGUUCAGUACAAAUAUGGUUGUUCAGUAAAUUGUCCUGUAUCUUAUCAAAAUGUAAACUAUAUCACCGAUCAGGAAAAUGAAGUCUUUUAUCUCAAGAGUAGCUUGAGAAAGCCCUCUGAUCAUCAUGCUCCAACAGCUUCUGAAGAUGACAUGGGUCAAAAUGGAAACAGCCUUCUUGAAAGUUCUGGAGCGAAGAAAGUACAUUGGACAGAUGCGUGUGGGAAGGAGCUCGCCGAAAUCCGGGAAUUUGAAGUCAGCGAUGAGAGUGCAUCAGACAGUGAAGAGGAAAGUCGGCGAGGUUGUACUUGUGCUAUUAUGUGAAGCUACGGACUGGGAAUUCUUGCUGGUGACAUUUGCAGAUCCCAAUCCGGGCGGCGUUACCGGCCCCUUGAUACUGCCUAGUAUUGUAUAUAAUAAACAGACACAAGUCAUUCACAUUACAUAGUUUUACCUGCUUCUGAGUGAUCCUUGAAUGAGAAAAAGUGGAAUCAGGAAUACACUUCUAGAGAGCCUUAAACAUGAAUUUAAGUUUUUCGGUUUGAUGUUUUUGUUUACGUAGGUUAGGUCCUCCUCUGGAGACUUCGAAUUUGUUCACAGAUCUUUCCUAUUUCUUCUACUUAUAACUUCAUUGGAAUGUAAUGUCUUUCUACUACUCAUGUGUUACAUUGUCAUUUUUAUUCUUCAA